AUGAUGGAAAUUAAAUCCAAAAUGAUGGAUGUUAUUAGUGUAAAUUUGAUUGUGGUGUUCAUUGUUUAAAUUGUGAGUUUGGAAUCUGUAAAAAAUGCGAUUCUGGUUAUCUUGUAUAAAGCAAUUAAAACAAUAAUUCUUAAUGCUACCUGGAAAUACAUGAUGAAGAAGAAGAAGAGGAAGAAUAAUCAGAAGAAGAAUCUUAAUUUUUAGAUAAUUGUAUUGUUUUAGAAGAAUAGCUGUGUAAGCAGUGCUUAGCUGGAUAUUUACUAUAGAAUGGAUAUUGUUUUCCCUAUUGUGGAGAUGGAAUUUUAAUUAUUGGACUGGAAGAAUGUGAUGAUGGCAAUUUAGUACCUUAUGAUGGCUGUUUUAAUUGUGCAUACUAAUGUCCUUUAAAUUGUAUAUUAUGUAAUUAAGGAGUAUGUUAUUAAUAAUGUGAAAUAGGUUUUGAAUUUAUUGAUUAAUCUUGCCUACCUAUAUGCGGAGAUGGAUUGA